AUAGCACAGUCUGCCGUAUAGCACGGUCUGCCGUACAGCACAGUUGGUGCAAGUUUAAUAUUCAAUAGUUACACUUCGAUCACGAAAAAAUGAGGGUAUUUACUCUGGUCUUUAGUUUGGCUGUUUUUGUUAAUUCUAUUGUCUCUCGAUCGAUAAUAAAAAAACCAGAUGAUGAAGAAAAUUAUAUUUUCAAGGAAAAUGCUGUGGAGACUCUAGACCCAGCCCACCUAAAAAUUGAAAGCAGAAAACUACACGUACCUCCUUUGCUGGAACUUAAAUCUAUUUUCGAAAAAGCACUCUCGAAAAAUUUUGCUGAUGUCACGGUUGAAAUUGUUGAGUGCCCGGACUUAACUGAAGCACCCUUUGCUUUGGCCGCUUCUGGCCUAGGAGGAAACCCAACAUUAGCAGAAAUCGGAGGAGAAGAAUAUCAGUGGCCUAGUCUUCAAAAAGACAAACUCUAUGAUAUUAAAACCCUUGCCAGGCAUCUGGGUCAUGGAGAUAAAUCAUUUGUCACUGGAGCUGGAGCUGGACCCUGGCCUUAUUUGAACACUAACAUAGAAAUGAUGAUGAACGUAGUUUUAGACACACCAAUGUCUUCCGCAACCACACGCAUUGCUUCCGUUAAUCCCAGCGAUGGGUCUUGUGUUUUUCAAAUUUUGCCUGGAAACGAGACUCGUUUUGCUUUUACAGCAAGUUUAUUCUUAAGUAAAAGCAAACCAGGUAAAGUUAUUAAAGUUUCAGUCAAGAAACGCAUAGGUGACGAUAACUUCAUUUCUACGAUGCAGAAAGCUUUAUCAAAAGAGUAUUCCAACGAUCUUGUAGGGCUAGGUGGAACAUUCCUUGUUAAAAAAGGAAAAGUACAACAAAGCGCAAUGAAACAGUUUUUUGAAAAACCAGCAAACACUCCGGAAGAAAAGAACAGUCAUAUACAAUUAUAUGAAAUGUCUGCUCCUUUAGUCGCAGUUGGGACUUUUGUAUCUGCCGAAACUGACUUACAUUUAAGGGUGGCUCAUUGGCAUAGUUAUUCCUCUAUUGAAGGGGGUCACUAUAUCGAAGAUACAACUCCGGACAUUGUGGAAUACUUGGGCUACUUCACUCCAGCCCGAAUAUUUUACAGAGUCGACCAACCCCCAAAAGGAGAAAAAAUUGGAAUUCAUUAACAACAUUGACAGAAACGAGAAGUUUCCAAAAUAAUUGAAAAGGAAAUAAAUUAAACAACAGAAAAAAAGUUAAAAUUCAAUAUAUUAUUCACAAAAGAAUAUUUCUGUGAGGAUAUAACAUUAUUUUCUUGUCUCUCUAAAUAACAAUUUGACCCGAUUUCACAUUUAUAAUAUACCUUAUUACAUCAAUAAAUUCUGCUUCUAAAAAUUA